UGUAGAAGUGCUACAACAGAUGAAUAUAAACAAGCCAAACACUAUGACCUUCAACAUUAUAUCGACGUUCCUUUGAUCGAUCAAAACAGAGUGAAAGUCAACAUGGGAUUUAAAGGUGUUGACUAUUACCACGCUAACUUUAUCAAGGGUGGAAUUUACCCUCUCAUUUGUGGUCAGGGGCCGAUUAAUAAAUCAGUUCAUCAAUUCUGGGCGCUGAUUAUUGAGCAAAAUUGUGGAGUGGUUGUUCAACUAUGCAAGGACAAUGAGGGAGGUGAAAUAAAAUGUGGUAAUUAUCUAAAAUCUGGAACUACGAAGUAUGGAGAAAAAAUUUCGAUUAGAAUUAAAGAACAAACAGUUUAUUUACCCGACAAUAAGGAUGUUCGAAAAACGGUUGUCGAAGCUGUAUACAAAAACAAAAAGUUCAUUGAAGUGAGUAAUAGAAAUUCUUAG